AGGUUACGAACUGAAAAUAGACUCCUAAAACAGCGCAUUGAAACAUUAGAAAAAGAAAGUGCUUCCUUGGCAGAUAGAUUGAUACAGGGACAAGUGACAAGGGCCCAGGAGGCUGAGGAAAACUACCUCAUAAAACGGGAGCUGGCCACCAUCAAACAGCAGAGUGAUGAGGCCAUUACUAAACUGGAGCAAGCUGAGAAUACCAUCAGGGAGCUCCAACAACAGCAGCAAUGGCAUAAAUGCAGUUCACAAUACAGUGAAGACUUUGUGCUACAGCUGGAAAAAGAGCUGGUCCAAGCCAGGCUGAGUGAAGCAGAAUCCCAUUGUGCCUUGAAGGAGAUGCAAGAUAAAGUUCUAGAGAUGGAAAAGAGGAACAGCUCUCUCCCUGAUGAGGAAAAUGUUGCUAGACUACAAGAAGAACUGAUUGCAGUAAAAUUAAGAGAAGCAGAAGCUCUGACGGGUCUCAAAGAACUAAGGCAGCAAGUCAAAGAUUUGGACGAACAUUGGCAGCGUCAUCUAGCUCGUACCACUGGAAGAUGGAAAGAUCCUCCCAGAAAAAACACAGUGAAUGAGCUACAGGAUGAGCUGAUGACAGUCCGGUUGAGAGAAGCAGAAACGCAGGCUGAACUGAAAGAGACCAAACAAAGAAUGAUGGAGGUGGAAACGCAGAAUCAGAUCAAUAGUAACCAUUUACGAAGGGCAGAGCAAGAGGUUACCAACCUACAGCGGAAGGUACAGUAUCUUUCUGCACAGAACAAAGGACUUCUUGCUCAGUUGAAUGAAGAAAAAUGUAGACAAGCAGAGAUUGAAUGCAAGAGUAAAGAAGAAGUGAUGGCAGUACGGCUCCGUGAGGCAGACUGCAUUGCAGCUGUGGCUGAACUCCAACAGCAUAUUGCUGAAUUAGAAAUCCAGAAAGAAGAAGGAAAAAUUCAAGGGCAGCUUAAUAAAUCUGAUUCCAACCAGUACAUCAGAGAACUGAAAGAUCAGAUAGCUGAGCUGCAUCAUGAGAUCAAAUGUCUAAAAGGCCAGAGAGGCUUCUCAGACCAACCCACUUUUGAUGGGAUUCACAUUGUCAGCCAUUUCACAGGAGAUGAUGAAUCAUUUCAUUCUUCUGAUGAAGAUUUUAUAACUAACUCCAUACAGGAGAGUGGGGUGAACUUUCAUCUACACAGGAGGACUGGUCAGAUGGCUUUGGAUCACACAGUUGUAGACAGCAGUGACAGUGAUGCUGAGGAAAGUGCCCUUCAGACUGGGAAUUCAGACAAGAUGGUUUCCAAGCAGAGGAGAAUGGAAUCUUACUCUACCACUGUGUGAUUAUCACUGUGACUAGCAUUGAAGACUUCCAUGUUUCUUUAAGGGUGAAAUUGUCAGAUAACUGAAACUAUCCAGCCGUUGGUUUAGGUAACUAUUGGAUGUGGUCUGGCCUGUGAUAAAUACAUACGCGUACUGUCUAUCUGCCUUCUCUCUUUGCCAAAUCUUGCUAAUGACAUACCAUUGCCAUAAAACGGGCUGGGAAGAAGUUGAUGGAUGACAGUUCUGACAGUAUUACUGAAUGUUCCUCGGUUUAGAAACUGCAAAUAUGUCAUUUCUUUAAUGCAUAAGAA